AAUUAUUAAACGCAACUAAUAAAUUAAAAGUGAGAAAAAAUGGAGAGAAUUUAUAUUAAAUUAUAUCACUGACAUAAGGAAAUUUUUUUUUUGGAGAGAAUUCAUAAUAAACGCAACUAACAAAUUAAAAGAAACGUUUGUCAAUAUUUUAUACAUUUUAUCUAUCUUUUUAUUUUCUUACUAUUUUUCAUUCUUAUCUUAUCCCUCAUCCACCACCAGCAGCACUCAGUCACUUUCUUCUACAAAGCACAUUUCUCAGCCCUCUCUCUCCUGUCUUUCUUCUGCAACACAGAGUAAUUCCUUUUCCCCUUCUCUCUUCUAAACUCUGAUUUUCACCACCAUGCAAUCGGCGAAUGAGCUUUUAUCUCCCAAAAUCUCAUAAUAUAUAAACUAAUCGACAUUGUCGAGUUUCGAUCAUAAUGUUAUUUUGACGGGAAGAAGAUGAAUUGAUGACAUCAGACCAAUGAUUCAUGGUGCCGUUUAGGAAAGGGAUAGAAGGAGAUGAGUCUCUUUUCUCCUUGAUCGAUAUCUGAAUUUGUUGCUUCCAUUCUUUCUCACUUCUCAAAAGGAUUAAGAUUUUGUUGUAGCCAUUAUAUAUGUUUAAGUUCUCUUGUCACUCUUCAUUUGGGAACAGCUCUUUCUCUUUUUGAUGUACUUCCAUAUAUUUUGUUUAUGAAUGUGCUUUAUUUCAUUAUAAGAUCUAAUUUGGAUUUCCGAAGCCAUUUUGGGAGGCAUAGGGCGAGAUAGUCAAAGUGAAGUAUUGAGAAUUAUUUUAUUAAUAAAGAUGAAAAGAGAAAUUAACUCGUUUGUCCCUCCUUGUCCGUAGAUUGCAAAUCGAAUUAUGACAUCGGGAUUGAGGGUGCAGCUGUGGGAAUGGAUUAAAGGUAAGGGGAACGAAGCGGCGGCGGGAGGAACAAAGAAGCGGCGGCGGGAAAUGGAAGGGCAGGGCAAUGCCGGGUAUUUCUGUCGGGAGGGUUUGGGAGAGGAGGAGUCAAAUUUCCGGUACGGUUGGGCGAGAGAGAUAGGGAGAAAGAGAAGUAUUGAGAAUGACCAAAAAGCCCAUCCGCAUUGUGCGGAUUGAUCGUCAGCGGCUGACGUGGCAAAAAAGUUUGCCUGACAUUCCCUUAUAUUAUUUUCUGUAGAUGUAUUUUCGUUAGGUAACUACUUCUAAUGGCUCUGAGAUAAUUGUAUUAGUUGCGUGUAUUUAUGUUAAGGGCUAAUUAUGUAUUGAUUGUUAUGUUUUAUUCAUUAUAUAAAUCAAGAACCGAUCUGUAAUCUCCCUCCUUUCUUGGCUUUGGCCUCCUUGAAUGCAACAAUAAAUCAAGAACGGAUGCAUUAACAAGAUUUUACUUUCUCACGUACUUAUAAUGUUAUGAUAUAUCGGUUAAUCUGGUUAGCCAAUUGAUCAAACCGAUUAAAAUUUAAUUUGAUCAAUUUGAUUGUUGUUUUAAUUUGGUUAUGAAUUUAUGAUAUAGUAGUCUUAAUUAAUUUGGUAAUUACCGGAUAACCAUUUCAACACCCCCCAUCCAAAAUUCCAACAAUGAGUAUCUUCAAUUCAUAUCACCGCUUUUCAUGCAUAUUAUCUAGCAGACUUGACUAGCAGUUAUUGUGGCUGAAAGUUUCUACAUAUAAACCUUCUAUCUCAUAUAAAAACACAGAACCACUGGCUCAUCUUCAUCGAUUACUUAACAAGAAAAGAAACCCUAAUCAUCAAUAUAUUACUCUUAAAACAUUGAUGAAUGAUGAGGCAGAACAACACUAUCUUAGUGGUAACGGUGUCGUUCCUCUUAUUAUUAUCCACACCAGCCUUAUGCAUUCCGAGGUAUGGAUUAACAAGGGUGGUGGUGAUUAAUGAUCUUGGAGGAGGGCAGGAACUCAGGCUCCACUGCGGGUCGAAAGACUACGAUCUCGGCAUCCGAAUGCUUAAGCCACACCAGGGCUUCCGAUGGCGGUUCCGACCAAGCUUUUUCGGAAACACACUGUUCUAUUGUUCCGUGGAAUGGGGAGCGGCGGCGGCGGGAGAAGUUCACUGGUUUGACGUGUACGAUCAGGUCAGGGAUGAAGAUAGGUGUACAAUAUGUCGUUGGCUGAUCAAGGAAACUGGGCCUUGUUUCUCUGAUGAGGAAGGCGAAUCAGGUGAUAGUACUUGUCAAAGUUGGAACGAAAUUGGGAGGUAGAGAAAACAGGGUUCUCAUUAGAUCAUUCGUAUUAUCAAAUAAAAAAAGAUGCAAUCGUUACGGUUCCGUUGGUCGGAAUGUUCAUAUUUGAUUAUAUAUAUUUUUAUUUUAUGUUUAAGUCUAUCAAUCUGUUUAAUUUUAUUGACAAUCCUAUGAUCGAAAUGAUACAUAAAGAAAGAAUAUAUGGGUCGAACAGUCGGAAAAAUAUCACAAUCGUUUAAGAAUGUGAAAUAUAAAAAUAUAUCAUUGAUCCUAUUUUCAUAUAGUGAUAAUUAAGCCCCUGUUAAAAUGCUAUUGGUUAGUUGAUUGUCAAGAAAGAUAGAGUAUAAAAGCUCAAUAGAAUUCCCGCACGACCCAUAGAUAGUUCGAAACUAAAUCUUAUUAAACCGCACAAAUCCUACAAAAAAGGUUCAAUGCUCUCCUCUCAGAAAAAUCUGUCACUAAUUAAAACGAAAUCGAGAGUUGUUGGUUCAAGUCAACUAUAUACUAACAACUCAGCUAAGAGUGGACCAUCAAAACUUGAGAGCAAACGGCAAAAUUAGGGUUACCUCCAAUAUACUAAUAGACUCGAUCAAACUAAUAAUGCAAAAAAUUAGACACUCCUUAUCUACCAGUCCGAGUAGGUUGAAUAAAAAAUAGACAUACUUCAGUAAAUCAAUCAAUGAUUCCUCGUUUUAAGAUAUAAAUAGGUUGUGAUAGCUGCAAAAACCAUAAACCUAAAGAUCCAAUAGCCACCACUUUCUGUUGUACAACCAAAUGCUUAUCCACUCUAUCUUCAAUCUCAAGAGGCAUGUGUUUCAACCAAAAAUUCAAUUUCUAAUCCACCUACUGCAACUUCAUUUAUUGAACUCCAUUCUAUUCCCCAUUGAUUGAUAUCAGAGUUGAAAUCUUCUACUUGCCCAGUUUAAAUCCCCAACAAUAAAAUCGUAGUGCCAAGAGAUACCGGAAGAUUAUUUUCAAAGGCGGCCUUGUACUGGGAAGUGAAAGGGGAGCAAAAUAUUGCACGAUGUAUGAAAUUUUGGAGGAAAUUAGAAAGAGAUAAGAACAAAGAUAAAAACCACAAAAUUUAUAUUUAAAUUGAAAAAUAUAUAUGAUAGACUUAGUGGGUUUGCAAAUCAUGAUGGAAAAGUCCUCAGAUUUUCAGAAUUAGACACGUGUAUGUUUAGUAUUAAAAAAGAUACAACCAAUUUGUUUAGUGUAAUUGGUUGUGAUUGUUGUAUUUGUUCGAAGAGACCUGAAUACAAAUCCUGAUAUUGAAAUAAAUAAUUUUUUGUAAAGACCAAACUGUCCUUCCUGUUUUUACUUUCGUUGUAAGAAAUUUGAAAUGGAGAAAAAUACACAAACUCUACGAUGAUGUAAACCAAGACUUAAAAUUAAACCCUAAUAAGCUAGGAAGCAAAGAAGGGACUUGUGGUUUGUUUGAUGUUGGUGUUUCUAGAAUUUUGUCGAAUGUAAAUGAUCAAUCAUUAUUCUAAAGUUUUAGGUGGGCAUGAGAGUUUUUAUCUGGGUUUUGGCAUAUAUGCUUAGCAUUUAGUUCUCAGUUUUGCUUGAUUAUACUGUGAGUGAUGGUGAUAAAUUUGGUUGUUUUUAGAAUAUUUAAUUAUUUAGUUGUAAUGUUAUAUUCACAUUUUACGUGUACUCUAUUCAUAUUAACCUAUUAUGUUAUUCAUUUGAUUGGAGCUACACUUAUUUUAUGAAGUAUUACUUGUUAGAAAUUGAAUUUGCCAUUUGCAAUUCACUAAAAUAAUCUUUUUAGAUAUCAAAGGUUGAUAGAAAUACAUGAAUUAAUUUUGUAAAUCAUCUCGAUUUUUAUGCGGAAAUUGUAGGACGAUUUAUGACCGGACGAUACUAGCAACAACACGACUAGAGAGGUUCUGUGACUUUCCUCAACCAAGCCUCCUCGGUUCAUCUUCCAUGAGUUCUCUUAUCUUCCUGAAAGAGAGAAGCAGAGAGUAUGUUUUGACUUGGUGUGUUGGCUGGCUUAUAUCAUAAUCACCAUGGGCUCCCAUAAAACUAAAUGUGAGUAAGUAUUGGGUUUCCAUCCAUUGGACCCAUGUUAAGUUUGAGUAAUUAUGAGCUCCAUGUAUGUAUUGACCACUUGUGUUAGCCCAUCAAAACCAAAUAGCUAAUAUAUAUGUUGUGAAUUUGGUAGCCUACUUAAGUUAGGAAAUGGAAUUUUUAACAAUCUCCCACUUGGACUGUCUAAUUUCACAAACACUUAUAUUACGAAAUUCUUUAGGCGCGCUACCGUAUGCUACUCGCACAAUUAUUGCUACUCUUUAAUAAUCUGAUCCACCUCAC